AUGGCAAAUGUUAGUCGAUAAUUCAAUAUUAGAGAAUAUGGUAUACAAAGAUUAGUUGUGUAUGGAACUUCAAUUGUCAAUCUAUUAUUUUUGAUAUUUGCCUCAUUCAGCCUUAAAUAAGUAAUCUUAUAUUUUUAUAUCUAUUUUAGGUUAUAUUAUAAAUAAAUUCAUAAUUAUUUUAAAUAUCUGCUUCUAAUAUAGAAAUAUCUCUUAUUAAAUUAGUAUUAUUAGCAUUAUUUAUCACUACAUUGAUUGUUUCAAUGUUCAAUUUAAAAAGAAUCAAAAUUUAUUUUGUUACACUAGCAUUUAUAAUCCUAAGUAUAUGUAUUUUAGCAUGUUGUGUUAAUGGUUUGCUUGUUAGAAGAGUCUAAGAUUUGGAUGUUGAACUUUCGACUAACAAAGGUUGUAAGUUUGCAAUGCAAUCUAUUUCAGAAACAAGUUUAAGUAGCUAAUUUGAUUGCCCAUAAAAAUAUUUUGAUUUAGAAUUAUCACCAUAUCUUCCAUGUGAAUAAGAUAUGUAAAGCUAUUAAUGGGAAACCAAUUAAAAGAAUAAUAAAUUAGGAUGCCUUAACAUGAAAUGUUGUGAUAAUGUCAAGAAAUAUGUAUUCAAUCAAAUCAAUAAUCUAACUAUUUGGAUUAAUCUUAUAAUCAUGGUUGGAAUUUUAUAAUCUUUUAAUGCUGCCAUGCUAUCUGAAGGGUCCUAUAAGAAAUUUAGAAUGCAUAUAGUUGGAGAUGGAAUCGUUUUCAUAAUCCUUGUUAUUUUAGCUAUUUUAGUUGUUGUAGCAUAUAAUAUUACUCCUUCAUUAUCAGUAAAUGUACAACAUCCAAUUAUCAAGUAUAUAUUUAUAAAAUAAUAAAAAAUAGAUAGUAAUCCAUGUUAAAUUAAAUUACAGUGUUGCCAACUCCAAUUUAUAAAAACUUUGAUAAAUAAGAGAAAUUAGUAGGAUUUUAUAAUCUUUAAAAUUGUGAACCAAUUACCUCAAUUAUGAUACAGAAUAUUUCAUUUAAAUCUGAUGGAGCAAAAAAUGGGUAAAUAAAUAAAAAUAAAUAGAAUUACUCUAGCCAUUUCUGGAACAAAUGGAUAAUUUCUUGCUUUAAAAGAAUAUAAUAAUGAAAAAUUAAAAAUAAUUAUUGAUGAUGAAGUAACCGAAACUAUAUUCUCAGAACAAUCUUUACCAUAUGAUGGCAUUAUAAUUUAAGGAGAUAUAGAGGAAGCUGAAAAGUUCUAUAAGAAUAAUUUACAUUUUUGUUCAGAUAAUCCACUUAGUGCAGAUUUUGAUUUAAAAAUGGAAUUAUAUUAAAUUCCUUAAUAAAAUAAUAGAAUUUUGUUACCUUUAAGCAAAGAACAAUAAAAAUUUGGAGAUCAAGCAUUUAAAUUUUACAAUGUUAAAAUCACAAUAGAAAACUCGGCUGAUUUUACACCUAUAGAAAAUGCUGUAUAAAUAGAUAAUUAUAUUAGCUUGUUGAAGUUUAUGAAGGCAAAUUCUUAUCUUAAUCCUGUCAAAUAAUACGAGGAUUAGAAAAUAAUUUACAUGAAGUUAAAACUGAUGAAUAAGGAAAUACUUAGAUUAAUAAUUUAAGUUAAGGAUUUUCAUAUACAGUAUUGAUUUAUAAAGCAGGUAAAAUAUCAUAAUAAAAAUAUUAUAAGGAUUUAAAAAAUCUUGCGCUGUUCUAGAUCUCUAAAGAAGAGUGCCAAAAAUCAAAUAUGUAUUCAGAUUAAUUAAGAGUAUACCUAAACAUUCUGCACGAAUAUUAUUAGAAUGGACUUCAUAGUCUCUUAAUCUUAAUUUAUAUGGUAUGUUUAAGGUGGGAGAACAUUCAUGUUUAACAGGAGCUCUGUCAAAAUCAUGUGGAGGAAUAUAAGUAUAAUCCAUAUCCAAACAUGAUAAACAUAUUGAAAUACUUGAUAUCUAUUAAAUAGAACCACAAAUCUAUACAAUAUUUGUGAAAAGAUUCUUAACUAGAGAUGGAGCAUUAGAGCUUUUAACUAAUUCUGUUGUAAGUUAGGAAUGGAUUGAUGCAGAUCCUCAUAUCACUAUGUAUUUGAGUGAAUUAAACUAUCCUUUAAUUGAUUUUCGAUUACCAUAAAGUAUAAACUCUUAAUUAAUUUAGAUGUUAAUUUUUUAAUGGAUAAAGUAGAUUUAACAUGGAUUGUCUUCUAAAUUAAUGGAUAAUAAUCAGAUGCUCCUAAAACUAUAUAAAAAAUGGAAUCUUAUAUAACAAAUGAUGAAAUACGGACAAACACUGCAUUCAAUAAACCUUUCUGGCCAGAUAUUUGA